CAAAUAUUAUCAAAAUUUUGCCAUGGCAAUAUAAAAUAAGUAUUAUUUUUAACAGUUUACUGACAAAAGAUUUAAAAUUGCUCUUAAAAUUACUACAAAAUUAUCCAAAAUGGGCUUUCUAAGUUAUUUAUAUUGCCAUUGUCCUUGCUGUAUUGUCGAAACCAGGUUUGUAAUGGUAUUCUUUGCUUUCUUUGGAAUGUUAUUGGGAUACUGUCAGCGUUCUACGCUUACAAUCGGCAUAGUCGAAAUGGUAGACCAAAAAAUCAAAAACGCAACAUGUCCCAGCGAUAUAACAAAAUCCCGAGUAAUCAAAAACAUCCAAGGCGGAAAAGUGGCGUGGUCCGAAGGAGAACAAGGCUACGUUUUAGCAGCAUUUUUCAUCGGAUACAUAAUAGCACAUCUACCUGCUGGUAUCUUGUGUGAUAAAUAUGGUCCACGUUAUCCUCUCCUAAUUGGUUAUAUCAUCUCGACUAUAACAACAGGAUUAAUCCCACUGGGCGCUACCAUGGUUGAUCAUUGGUGGCCUGUGUUUAUUCUACGAGUGCUUCAAGGUUCCGGUCAGGGUGGUCUUAUUCCUGCACUGUCAUCCUUAGUAUCAAGAUGGAUUCCGUCCAAUGAACGCACCAGUGUUGCGGGUGCCAUUUUCUCAGCCACAUCAAUCGGUCAAGCAUUCGGUACAUUAUGUUCUGGAUUAAUGAUUUCCCGACUGGAAUCAUGGCCGGUUGUGUUUUACUUUUGGGCGGGCAUUGGAGUUGUCUAUUGCCUCCUAAUAUCAUUCUAUGUCUUCUCCGAUCCCAGAGCACAUCCAUACAUUCACGAAUCUGAGUUAACAUACCUAAAACAAAUGAUGCAACUGAAGCAGGACUCGAAUAUUCCUUGGAAGGAGAUUUUUGCCGAUAAAUGUGUUUAUGGUAUAAUGCUCGUGCAAAUGUCGCAUGAUUUGAUUAUCUUCACAUUGUCGAAUAAUUUCUCCAAGUAUUUGAAUCAGGUGUUAGGAUUCCCAGUAUUGGAAAACGGUCUGGUUUCAUUAAUAUUUUUACUGCUUUGGUUUUCAAGUGUUUUAAGCGGAUUUUUAGCUGAUGUUCUGAUCCAUAAAAAGAAUGUAAAUGUUACCACCCUGCGCAAAACAUACACUGCUAUUUCGAAUCUUGGAGCUUUCGCGUUUUUAAUGGCUGCCAUACUAGUGGAGUGUGAUCGAGUGGCAUCGAUUGCGUUAUUCUCCGCCGCCAUCUUUAUCAAGGGGAUGUUUUUCUCGGGCGGGAAGGUGAAUGUUGUCGACAUUAGUUUGAAUCAUUCCGGAUUGAUGAUGUCAUUGAUUAAUGGAUUUGGAGCUAUAAGUGGAUUCACAGCUUCGUUUGUGAUAGGGGUGAUUGCCGAACAUAAUUAUUUUUCCGAAUGGCGGACUGUGGUGUACAUUAUUGGAGGAGUUCAAGCGAUAACUAUCAUUGCAUAUAUUGGAUUAUCGAAUGCAAAUCGUAGUGCUUGGGAUUAUAGCGAAGGUGAAGCAAGGGUUCCGCCGCCGUACAGUUGGCGUAAACAAUUAUCUGAUGAGGAUCAUCAGGCGCGAUUGGUUAAAGACGCUCAGGCAAGGGAAGAUAGAGCACGAAUUGCCAAAGAAGCAAAACAAGCAAUGCGUCGAACGACAUAAAGAUUAAAUUAGAUGUUAAUAAAUCUAUUCGUAAAAAUUCCCUCAA